AUGAACAGCGGGACCCGAGGGAAGCUGGCCGUGGGGAGAGUGAAAUUCUUCGGCCGGCACCGCGGGGAGGUCAACUCUUCUGCUUUCUCUCCCGAUGGCCAGAGGCUGCUCACGGCCUCCGAGGACGGCUGUGUAUAUGGCUGGGAGACUCAGAGUGGGAGGCUGCUGUGGAGACUGGGUGGCCACAAAGGCCCUGUGAGGUUCUGCCGAUUCUCCCCUGAUGGCCGCCUCUUUGCCAGCACCUCCUGUGACCGCACCAUCCGCCUGUGGGACGCCGCAGAUGCCAAGUGUCUGCAGGUCCUAAAGGGUCACCAGCGGAGUGUGGAGACCGUCAGUUUCAGCCAUGACUCAAAGCAGCUGGCCUCGGGUGGCUGGGACAAGAGGGUGAUGCUUUGGGAGGUGCAGUCAGGCCAGGUGCUGCGUCACUUCGUGGGACACCGAGACUCCGUCCAGAGCAGUGACUUCGCACCCAGCUCAGACUGCCUGGCCACUGGCUCCUGGGAUUCUACCAUCCGCAUGUGGGACCUCCGGGCAGGGACCCCUGGGAUCUUCCACCAGAAGCUGGAGGGUCACAGAGGCAACAUCAGCUGCCUGUGCCACUCACCAUCUGGCCUACUGGCAUCUGGCUCCUGGGACAAGACCAUUCACAUCUGGAAGCCCUCAACGCGAAGCGUGCUCAUCCAGCUCAAGGGCCACAUCACCUGGGUGAAGAGCAUAGCUUUCUCCCCUGAUGAGCAGCAGCUGGCCAGCGCUGGCUACUCCCACAUGGUCAAAGUCUGGGACUGCAAUACAGGAAAGUGCACUGAGACUCUGAAGGGAGUUCUGAACGUGGCCCAUGCCUGUGCCUUUAUGCCAGACGGGAAACUCUUAGUGUCUGGAGCUGUUGAUUAG